CAUAGUCAAGCAGCUGUCAUUUUUCUUUCUGGAUAUACAAAAUCCUCCCUAACCCUUUCCCCUUUUUCUCUCUUAAUUUCUAGGUGACAGCAAAUUAGAGUUUGCAGCUGUCGAAUUCCUCUCUCUCUCUCUCUCUCUCUCCUCUCUUCCCUCUUAACCUAACACCCCUUCUCUCUCUCUAUGAUUCUUAAGUCAUAAGAGCUUCUUAGAGAGAAAGAGGGGCCAAAAGUGGGGAGAAUCUGAAAGCUAGAUGAUGAUGAUGACAAUCAAAUGAUUUAUGUCAUUUUCAUGUGUUUGAGCUAGCUAGCUAAACUUAUCACAAAGAAAUUCAAUUCAUGUACAUGUGCAAAACAAAGAAACAAAAACCAAGGAGCUGAGGAUCUAUUCAUCAGUUUGAGCUGAGCUAUCUAAGAGUAAUAAUUUUUUUUACCAUAUAGUUUGAUCAACCAUACAUAUAUUAUAUCUUCAGCAUCUUAUAUACUAUAUGCUAUUAUGGCUCAAUAUCAUGGUCAUCAUCAAUACCGAUCACCCUUUGGUGACACAACUUACACAAAAGUCUUCGUUGGAGGCUUAGCAUGGGAAACUCCUUCUGAGAAAAUGCGUGCUUAUUUCGAGCAAUUCGGCGAAAUUCUUGAAGCUGUUAUCAUCACUGAUAAGAAUACUGGCAAGUCUAAAGGCUAUGGCUUUGUAACGUUCCGAGACCCUGCUGCUGCAGCACGGGCGUGCAUAGAUGCUAAUCCGAUGAUCGAUGGACGACGAGCUAAUUGUAACAUAGCUUCUUUUGGUCGCCCUAGGCCUUCACCGCCGAGAGGUAGAAGUAAUAAUGAAGGAGGAGGUGGAGGAAUACAAGGACAGGCAGCAUCGUCGUCGUCGUAUAGUGGAAUGCCAACGCCACAACAGACAUUGCCAACACCAUAUUUUUAUCCUUAUGGGUACCCUUAUACGGCUUAUGGCUACCAAGGUCUAUACAACCCACAAUUGCAGCAAUCACAGCAAUACUAUGCACAAUUCUAUGGUGGGUCCAGUUCUAAUUCAUCUUUAGGGGGUCCCUUUUAUUAUGGAGGAUAUUCUUUGCCUAGUAGCAGAGCAGGAUUUUCUACCUCCACUCCGGCGCAACGUAUCCCUGGUCCCUCUUAUAUUUACUAUCCUACGCAGAUGGAAGCUGGAUCUUUCACUCCAUUUCCUAAUCCUAAUCCUAAUCCUAAUCCUACGCCUGCACAUGCUCUUCCUCCUGCUCCUUCUCUUCCUACUUCAGCUCUACAACCCUCUUCUACAGAAGAAUCACAUGUUCAACAAAGCUCUUCGGUAGAGACAGACGUUGCGGUGAUCCAUUCUGAGGGUCCAAGCAAUUGAGAAAAAAGACGUUCACAACUGUAUAAUCUUUAACAAAACUUCAUGCUCAUGAGAUUAUUUUUUUCUUCCUCCAUAACCUACUCUCUCCGAGUAUAAUUUUUCCGGGUCCUAAGCCAUCGCAUUCGGGUCAAUUCAAUCCUGACAAUGGUGGAAGCUAUGGACUGACCAUUUACUGCUAUUAUUACUAUAUUUACAUUCUGCAAAACUCACUUAUUCUUUUCUUAUCCUGAAAAUAAUUCUUUGUGAAUUAUAUAUAUAUAUUUCCUUCUAUUGUCA